ACUUUUGCUUAGGUGCAAUUCUCAGCGUUCGCGUUUACACUAGUGCACCCCUUGACUCACUCCUAUGGAGUUGCCGGCAAUUCCAGUUUACCGAAAUCCAAUCCCUCCUCCAUUUCCCAUACAGAAUCAGAGAAUAUUAUCUUGGCAUCUCAUUGAUUAAAAAGGGAUAUUUGGUGCAGCAUAGACAUUUAAAGCAAGCGGCGUGAGAGGUGCAGGUGCGCAGAAGGGCUUCGGGGAGAGUGGCAACGCACGCAGUGUUGCCUCAGGAAGGUCUUAUAUACAUCACAUGACGACUCUCGGCUGAUCUCUUCCGUUUUGCUUCACUUGUGUGUGUUCUCUCUGGUGCUGGUGUUGUGGUCGUCCUUACUGCGUAGGUCAAGUUCCUAAGCCACCAUGAAGCUGCCUGGCUUUGGGUUGGCUCUCCUCCUGGCAGAAGGACAUCGAAGAUGCUGUUGAGAGGCUGUGCACCAUGAUGCCCCAUUCACUGGCAGAGGAGUGUGAGGACUAUGUAGAUGCCUAUGGUGACCAAGUUAUUGAGUUGCUGGCUCAAGAGAUUGACCCAUCCCAGAUCUGUCCUAUGCUGCAUCUCUGCCCAUCUGAAGGAGAGUCAGAGGAGGCAGAGCAGGUCACAUCUGAAAAACCUGAUGUAUCUUGUGUUGUGUGUGAGUAUGCUUUGACCCAGCUGGAGGACAUGUUGGAAGAUAACAGAACUGAAGCAGGCAUUGAGAGUGCUCUAGAAAGGUUGUGUGCCCUUUUGCCCAAGUCAGCACGUAAAGAAUGUGAUAUGUUUGUUGAAAUGUACACUGAUCAGGUCAUACAGAUGUUGCUCAACAACUUGUCCCCUGAUGAAAUAUGCACUAACCUGGGAUUGUGUAAGCAAACAGAAAGUGCAUUGCCUGUGCUUGAUGCCUCUCACCAGUUGCCAGUGUCUCGCAUGUUCGUUCCAGCUGUAUCAUCACAAACAACAAACAACUUGGAGAUGACACAGUCUGCAGCAUGUGUGUUGUGCGAGUUUGCUAUGGUUCAGGUUGAUGACUUGCUCUCAGAAAAUGCUACUGAGGAUGAAAUCAUUGAAGUUGUGGACUUCAUUUGUGCUCAUAUGCCAGGUGUUCUUGCUGAUGAUUGUAUUGGCUUUGUUGAACAGUAUGCUGAUGCCAUCAUCAAGUUAUUGGUUCAUGAACUUAGUCCGAAGACUGUUUGCCAACAGAUCAAGCUCUGCAAACCUCCAUCAUUUGAAAGUAUGAGAGCCCUUAUUAAUAUGAGAAUGGACAAAUGCCAAGUUUGUGAGGGAGUUGUUAACUAUAUUGACAAGAAGCUGAAGGAUGGAGAUGCAACGACCACCAUUGACACGGUUCUUGAAGAAGUUUGUCGACUCUUCCCGAAUAAUGCAAAGGACACGUGCCGCAGUAUGAUCGAAGUUUAUGGGCCCUAUGUAGUGAACCUCCUGGCUGAACUAGGGGACUCGAAGCGUGUGUGCCAGGCCAUAAAGUUCUGCCCCCACCACACUUCGGAACCACUCCUGGGAGCUGAAAAGUGCACUUGGGGUCCUUCUUAUUGGUGCCAGACCAAGAUGCAUGCAACAGCCUGUAAGGCAACUGUUCACUGUGAAACGAAGGUGUGGAAGGGAGUUGUUCCUGCCAUUUAAAGAUAAGAAGAUUGAUUGCAAGAAGAGGAGGAGGAAGAAAAGAAAAGAAAAAAAAAAAGAAAUGAAGAUGAAGACAGAGUGGAUGUAGAUAUUGGGAGGGCUUAUUUUUUUCUCAAAAAAGCAGCAGUGCAAAAAAAAGAUAAAUGGUUUCAAAUAUACACUUGUCAUUAUGAGAACUACUGUCUGUGAUGAAUAUUUUUUUAUGCUUAAUGAUUAUGAUUCCUCCAGUUUGACUUAUAUUUUGUCUUGUUAGUUGUAAGGAAUAUUGGAAUAACCAGGAUAUGUAAGAAUAUAUAGAAGAAUAAUUUUUAAAAGCCUUUUGUGUGUUUGGUGUUGAAUUAAAUGAAUUUGUCUUUUCGUCUAUUGGUAAUGUUUUUGUUUUUUGUUUUUUUCAUCCUAAAUUCUACCUAAAUGGGUAUAUGAAGUUAUGAAAUGACAAAUUGUCAGUAGUAAUUACUUGUACCUCAGCAUGGUCCUGUUGUAGAAAUUCAUUUAUUAGUAGCACCCUAUAUACAGGCUUUAAUAUAUCACUGAGCAGGCUUGCUAUGCAAUGGGAUAAGUUCACUUUUAGUUUAUAUAGCCAAAACUCUUGUUGGAUAUAUACAUACCUAUCAUAUUUUGCUUUAAUAAUAUCAAAAGCCUUGUAUCACGAGCUUUGGAGGGUUUGAUGUUAUCUCCACGUAUUCAAGCAAGAUUAACUGUGGUUAUUGUUACCCAUGAAUGAUUUUAUGUCACAAAUGAGAUAUAUUUUUAUGUUUAUAGAGAUCAUUAAUAAUGAGCAAUAUUGUUGAAAGAGCGCUGGAACCGCAAAUUUUAGUUUGUUGAUCUCUGAUAUAUAACCAGUGAUAGAUGUAGAACAAGGGUAUUGAGAAUUAUAUGUAACUCUUGCAUGUUACAUCAUGGAACAGUGUGCCUCUACAAUGGUAUAUCGAUAAAGGCUGUCAAAAUUUC